CAUCAACAGCUCUCGCUUUUUUCCGGCAACUGAACGAGCUUUGACUGAAUUCGGACUAGUCCAGCAGCAGGACCUGCAUCACUGCCCGGCAUGUCAACGAAAGAAUCAAAGCCAAAUCUCAGCCAUUCACAGGUUACAGACAUUCUCAAGCGACUCUAUGGGUUAACCACGUCUGUCAUUCGACCACUGCCAAGCUAUAUUGAUCAGAACUUCCAUGUGGUCUCCAGUGAGGGUGGAGAAUAUGUCUUAAAAGCAAUGAACUCCGCAGACAGCCAAGACACUGCUGUUAUUGAGUUGCAGAAUUACUCGAUGACCUUCUUACACCAAAGAGGCCUUCCUGCGCAGACCGCUUUACCCACACUGACUGGACAACUGAUGAGCUUAGAGGAAAUUGAUUGUGGUUUUGGCACACAGAUAUAUUUAGUCCGACUGCUGACCUACUUGCCUGGCACUACCAUAUCAAAAAUUUCCAUCAACACUCAGAUUCUGUACGACAUUGGGAAAAUGGCCGCCACUUUGGAUACAGUUUUACUGCAAAUGGAGCAUCCAAACAUCAGUGUCCUUCACAGAGACAAUUUUAUUUGGAGUCUCGCCAGCAUUCCACUCCUAAACCAGUAUAUUCAUGUGAUGGAUGGGGAUCCGGUACAAAAGGUUGUUGAAGCAGUUAUGGAGCAGUACCAGGUCCAAGUCAGGCCAAAACUACCACUGUUUCGCAAGUGCAUCAACCACGGAGACUUAAAUGACCGUAAUCUCUUGGUAAAUCAAGAUGGACCCUCAAAAUAUGCAAUCUCUGGAAUUCUUGAUUUUGCAGACAUGAGCUGUGGGUAUUUCAUAUUCGAGCUGGCCAUCACUAUCAGGUACAUGAUGACUGAAAGUCCCAAUCCGUUAGAUGUUGGAGGGCCAGUGGUGGCAGGAUGGGAAAGUGUUUUCCCUCUCAACGAGGCAGAAAGAGACUCGCUCUACUGGCUGGUUCUGUGUCGGUUUUGCCAGUCUCUUGUUAUAGCCCGCUACACUGUAAUCCAGCAGCCGGAGAAUGAGGAAUACGUGCGGAUGGCUUCUAAGAAAUGUGUGCAGCAUCUCAGCCGUCUUUGGGAGCUGGGGAAAGAUGAAGUUGAACGAAGAUGUUUUCAGAAUGCAGCACAGUUCAGCCAGUCUUGACGGAGCACCAAAGCACAAAUAUAUGGACAAAUAGAUAGUAAUAUAUGUAAGAAUACGUAAUAUUCUGUCAUGCAUUAAUACCAAAAUCAUUUGUCAAAAUCACUGUGGGACUAACUGUGUGCUGAGAAGCCCAAAAAACGUAGCAGUAAAGCAUUUACCACCUUGUAGUGUUGUCAUUCCUUUCCACAACACUUAAAAGACGUUGAGGGAGUGAAGACACCAAGUGAUGAAGUGUUACAGGAGUCAUUUUGUCCUAUUCUUCCUUCAAACAAGUCUUAAGGUGGGCAACAGUACAGGGUCUUUGUUGUUGCCAUUUGUGCCACACAUUCUCUAUUGGAGACAGGUCAGGACUGCAGGCAGGCCAGUCAAGUAUCUGUAUCCACUUCCUCCAAAUAUGUGCAGAAUGUGGUUUUGCAUUGUCUUUUUAAAAUAUGCAUGGGCGUCCCUGGAAAAGAUGUCUUCUUGAAGGCUCCAAAAUCUCAAUGGAGGCAAAAUUAUUUUCCUGAGGGCCAGUUUAUCUCCAGCUAAACAAUUAAACACUUCUGAAGCAGCUAAACAAGGGAUGGAAACGUCUAGGAGAGUGUGUUGGAGAUUAAUGUUGGAGGUAAAUCCUUCACACAACAGCAGUUUAAGGACACCACAACUGUACUAUAGUACACUCAACAAAGUGGAGUAGUAGUUGACUGCGUUUUUGACCAUAUUUCCCUUUUUAUAAGAUUAUUCCGAUAAAAAGCGAAGCAUUAACGUCAGAAAAAAAUAAUAGUAAUAAUUAUAAUGAUAGAAUAUUUGAAAAAGGUAUGAGGACAUUCACUAAAUAGUACUUUUAUUUAGAUUUUCUGUCUUUCAUUAGUUAAUAAUCAUUUAAAUUGUAUACAUGUUUUUUUAUUAUUAUUAAGGACAUUUGUAACUUUUUAGCAUUAUUUUGUAAGACAUUUAACUUUUGUUAUGUAUAUAGGCACAAUUUUUUGUAUAUUUUUAUUCUGGGGGAAACAAAACCUUUAUGAAUUGUCCAGCAGAUGGCUGCAGAGAUCCAUAAAUGCUGCUCAGAGGCUAUUAAACUGAAACAAAACACAAGACAGAAGUCCUGCUAUAUUACUCGCUUUCUAACACAGCACACAAGUCAACAUCUUGUAAAAAAGCUGAACAUAUGUUGCAUGUCCCCAAAAAGGACCAGUUGCAUUGAAUAUAAAUAAGAAAUAUAUGUAUAAUUGUGAUUGAUUCAUGUAAAAUUAUGAUUUAAAAAAUAAUAAACAAUCAAUACAUAAUAAUAAAUAGUGAAAAGCGUCUUGAAGGGGGCGGGGCAUGUCGGAUACUAGAGAGCAUUUGAUUGGUCAAGAUUUGAUGAGAAACUGAAGUAUGAGGAGAAGGGAUUGUUAUAUGUUUAUAUCAGUUUUAUAUCUUCUAAAUGUAUAUUUUGAUAUUGUUUUGUACCGCACUAGCUUAUAGAUGUCAUUGAAGACGAUAACAUACUGAUAUUAACAUCUAAAAAAACGGUGUUUUAAUUUUACGGGACCUUAAAGUGUAUCAGCUUUGUUUUGGUGUGUUUACAUUGCAUGUUUCAACGUUACUGUCGAUGUACUAAUU